AUGACUGCGCAUAAACGUGUGGACACUAAUCUCGCUUUUGUGGACAUAGGAAUGAGCAGAAUGCGAAUGCGCGUCGCAACUGUUUAUUGCCACGACGCUCAAACGCGUUUUUCCUCGACGCCACUGUUAAGCAACUGGCACCAGCCUUGUGAAGGUUACCACAAUGCGCGCCUAGACAUCAUUUCAUCCACCAACCUAGUGGAUGAGUCGCUCCGUAAUGCCGGUCAGGAUGGUUGUUUGUCGAAGGACUCACUCAAGACCUUGUAA